AUGAGGAAGACGCGGAGAAUAGGCGAAGAGGACCGGCUCGCUGUCUUGGAAAUUCUACAAUGUGCACAGAAGGAGGGGGAGGCGGUGUCAGAGUUUGCCGUACAGCUAAAAAAACUUGCGUCCACUUGCGACUUCAAGGAGUUCUUGGAUGAUGCUCUCAGGGAUAGGUUUUUGUGUGGCCUUCGUUCAAACGAGAUUCAGAGUAGGCUAUUAUCCGAAGGUGAUACUCUUACCUUUGACAAGGCAUUACAGUUAGCCCUAGUUUUAGAAGAUGCUUCUCGUAGUGCGAGAGUCACAAAUAAUGACACAACGUUAGAUCUGCCGAUGGUGAUCAUCCGAAGUGAAACUCCAAACCAACCAGUGUUACUAGGCAGGAACUGGCUUAACAGGAUCAAAUUGGACUGGGGAAAACUGGUCAAGGAUAAUAACCUAGAUGGAAGACAAGUGAAGGACAAGGACAUGGUGGGCGUUGUAAACGCAGCCGCCCGGAUUCAGAGAUGGGCUCUGACCCUAGCAGCUUAUGAUUACGAGCUGGUUUACCGAAAAGGUUCUGAUAUGUGUAAUGCAGAUGCAAUGUCAAGACUGCCCUGUAAUGUUGAUUGCAACCCAGAUGAAGUCGUAGCUUUCUUUUCUUCCAUUGAUGAAAUGCCUAUAACCUUCAAGGAGAUUAGUCUCGCCACCCGCCACGACCCCGUCUUGUCUAAGGUGUUGGACUAUACGUUGAAUGGGUGGCCUAGCUAUAACAACAGCCCCCAAUUGAAGCCAUAUUUCUCAAGGUCUACUGAAUUGUCUGUUGAGCAGGAUUGCUUACUCUGGGGAAGGAGAGUUGUGAUACCGGCGCCGCAUCGGAAGGAAGUUUUGGCACUCUUGCAUAAGGAACAUCCAGGGGAAAGUCGAAUGAAAAAUCUGGCCCGCAGUUACGUGUGGUGGCCCAACAUGGAUAAUGACCUAGAGGAGAUGGUUAAAAAUUGUUUUAUUUGUCAGUCCACUCGGAAUUCGUUGCAGUUGGCCCCGUUACAACAGUGGUCGUGGCCCAAGCAUUGCUGGCAGCGCAUACACAUUGAUUUUGCCUCAUUCCACAAUAAGGAGUUUUUGAUUAUUAUUGAUGGCUUUUCAAAAUGGAUGGAGGUUUUCUACAUGACGUCAAUCACGUCAGCCAAGACAAUCGAGAAACUCAGGACUUGUUUUUCUGCCUACGGUCUUCCGUCAACUUUGGUAUCAGAUGGUGGCCCUCAACUUAAUUCAAAAGAGUUUGAUGAUUUUUUGAAAGCCAAUGCUAUCCUUCAUGUGGUCACCCCACCGUACCACCCAGCUUCGAACGGCCUUGCUGAACGAGCGGUACAGACUACCAAAAAAUCUUUUAUCCGUCAGCUUUUACAUGAUGAGAAGUCCGGAGAACCUCGGGCUUUACAACAUCGCAUCGACAGUUUCCUCUUCGCCUAUCGAAAUACUCCGCAUUCGACCACAGGAAGUACCCCAGCAGAGUUAUUCUUACGGUUUGUACCAAGAAAUCAUUUGAGCUUGUUAAAACCCCACCUCGCUCGUUCAGUUGAUGAAAAACAGUUGAAAAUGGAAGAAGCGGCUAAUAAGAGAAGAGGCAAAUUCAGAUCAUUUGUAGUAGGGGAGGAAGUAUAUGUUAAAAGCGUAAGACAGGAAUCUUUAAACUGGAUGCCAGGACAGGUUGUUAAGGUAGUGAGUCAAGUGACUUAUUUAGUGAAGGUACAAGGCCGUACUCGCUUUGUUCAUGCUGACCACUUGCGUCCUAAAUUUGGAACAAAUGUCGAAGAAGAAACCCUUAUGACAUUACCUACACCAGUUUCCCCAGGAAGGCCUAAGACUAGCCCGGGUAUUAAUAAAACAGUAGAGGAGAUGAAGGAUGGUUGCGAGAUGGAUCAACCUAUAAUUCAAGACGAAGUACAUGAACCUGACCCAGUGAAGACAGUAAAAACCCCAAGCCCCGGAGGACCUCUUCGCCGUUCUCAGCGUGAGAGAAAACCUCCAAGGAAACUCGAUCUUUAA